AUACUUGUAAUUGAAAUCUCGAAAGAUGAAGUUCUUGGCUGUUCUAUCCGCCGUUUUGGCCGUUGUCCUGAUGACUGCCGUUCCAGUUUUUGGUACUUCGGUGCCGCAGUGCGAACCCACAGCCGUCGACGCCGCUCAAGGCGGUAGCUACCCAAUCAUACAGCUGGGGAAUAAGGUACACUAUCCUCCUGGAAGAAGAAUGAGGAUCUGA